CAGCAGGCAACACGGUACACCUGGCCUCUCUGGGUCUCACCUGAAAGAGGGAAUGCUUCCUGUCCCACUCCCACCCCAGUCACCCAGCAUGUGGCCCUACCUGGCCCUGAUGCCCGCCUUCCUGGCCCUCCUGGUGAUGGCUGGCAUUUGGACCGUUUUCGGGCUUGCGGUGCGCAGCGGGGCGGUGAAUCUGGAGGAAGGCUUCCCCUACAUCAGUGUAUGUGGGGACAACCCCCCUCAGAGCUGCCUCUUCAGCCAGGUGCUCAACUUCGGAGCCGCCAUGGCUGCCUGCGUCUGCGUUCUCCGUUACCACCAGCUUCAGGCCUGGGGUGUGAAAAGGUGGCACAACCAGGUGACCCUGAGUGCGGGGCUUCUCUGUGCCCUGGGCACCUCUGUGGUCGGCAAUUUCCAGCACAAGCACCAGCGGCCCAUCCACCUGACCGGGGCCUUCCUGACCUUCUUUGUGGGCUUGCUCUACUUCUGGCUGCAGCUGGCUAUCCUGCGGGGGGCGAGGAGCGCCCCCCAGCCUGGCGCCCCUUGGAUCGGGCCGCUCCGCCUGGGCCUCUGCAGCCUCUGCACAGUGCUCGAGGUAGCCAUGGUCGUCCUGCGCCUCUGCCAGCUGCGCUCCGCCUCUGCCGCCUGCGAGUGGGCCGUCGCCACGCUGCUGUUCAGCCUCUUCGGCCUCUGCUCCGUGGACUUCACUGGCCUGGGCGGCUGCGCCCUAAUCCUACAGCCGGCCCCCAGCCUCGGGCCCCCGCCAGCCUCCCCAGUCUCCCUGCAGGCCCAGCAGUCCGAGGGGCUCUGA